AUGGACGGCCUCGAGAUGCUCGACCCCAUCAACUCCUCCACCAUGACCACGCUCACCCCCAUGGCGGACAACCCCUCGCACAUGCACGGCUACGGCAUGAACCACGUCAUCAACCACCACCACCACCACGGCGGCCCGCUCUCCGGACACGGCGCACCCGGCCACCAUCCCGGCCAUCACCACGGCGGCCACCCCGGCGCCCACCACCCUGCCAUGGCAGCGGCGGCGGCCGCGGCGGCUGUGGCGGGCCUGCAUCCCGACGCUGACACGGAUCCGCGGGAGCUCGAGGCGUUCGCCGAGCGGUUCAAGCAGCGCCGGAUCAAGUUGGGCGUGACGCAAGCCGAUGUAGCUGCACCAGAGAAGCGGAGUUUGGAGGCGUACUUCGCAGUGCAGCCGCGGCCCUCUGGCGAGAAGAUAGCCGCGAUCGCGGAGAAGCUAGACCUGAAAAAGAACGUGGUGCGUGUGUGGUUCUGCAACCAGCGGCAGAAGCAGAAGCGUAUGAAGUUCGCGGCGCAACACUGA